AUGGACGCCCAGGUCAAGCAGCACUACCUGGCCGACUCUCCGCCAACCGUGGUUCGCUUGGAAGUCAAGUCUCACUUUGACAAUCUCACGGACCCGAAGCUGCGGAAAUACGCCCAUUAUUUGAGCAGAGCUGCCUUUGAGGGAACUCGUAUCACCCUCCGUCAGGUCUCGCCGGAGUCCGAGCCUAUUUACGACCUCAUUCUCGAGCUUCAUCGGGCCUGUGAUGGGAACUGGUCAGAACUUGCUCAGAAGACCAAUGUCAGCGAUGAGCAUCUACGCUACUUCUUGGAGUAUGCAACCCAAUUUCUUGGGAAUUGUGGUAACUACAAGGGUUUCGGAGACUCGAAAUUCAUUCCCCGACUCCCGGUUGAGGCUUUCCAGGCUUUAGCUUCGGCCACGCCAAAGACAAAGGCUGCCUUUGACUUGGCCAACUCUACUGGUGGUGGCAUCUACGAGACUGAUGAGCAGUCCCGUAUGCACCUCGGCUACCCGGAGGGGGGACACAUGACAACAUACUACCCCGACUCACCGUCUAUCACAAAGGAUGAAAUCACGGCUAUCGGAGAUCUGAUGGAGGCGAAAGGAUUGCCGUUGGAGAACACAAGACUCAAGAAGACCGAGUCCGGUGACUUCCAACUAUUGAUUGCAUCGGGUGUUUCCUCACCACCCGUGCGGGAUAGAGAUCUUGGCGAUGCCGAGAUCUUCGAAUUGGAUGGAAAGCUCAAGGGAAAGACGCUUCGUCUCGUCUUUGGUGACUAUCGGGAGGAAAUGGCGAAGGUCGCUCACAGCGUAAAGCAGGCGGGACUCAAUGCAGCAAAUGAGAACCAGAAGCGGAUGUUGGAUGCAUAUGCCAUGUCAUUCGGCUCUGGCUCGAUUGAAGCAUUCAAGGAGAGUCAGAGGAUCUGGGUGAAGGACCAGAAGCCGGCUCUAGAGACGAAUCUGGGCUUUGUCGAAACCUACAGAGACCCCCACGGUGUGAGAGGAGAAUGGGAAGGAUUUGUUGCUCUGGUCAACUUGGAGCGGACACGUGCUUUUGGAAAAUUGGUGGACAGUGCCGAAGCCAUGAUCCCCAAGCUUCCUUGGGGUAAGGAUUUUGAGAAGGACAAGUUCCUGAGUCCUGACUUCACCUCCCUGGAAGUGCUGAGCUUCCAGUCUUCUGGUAUCCCGGCUGGUAUCAAUUUGCCUAAUUACGAUGAUAUCCGGCAAAACCUUGGAUUUAAGAACGUCUCCCUCGGCAAUGUCCUUAGCGCAAAGGCUCCUAAUGAGCCUGUGCCUUUCAUUGCGGAGAAGGAUCUGGAGGUCUACCGUAGAUGCCGUGAUGCUGCGUUUGAGGUUCAGGUCGGCAUUCAUGAAUUGCUUGGUCAUGGAACCGGAAAGUUGCUCCAGGAAACAGCCCCUGGGGAGUACAAUUUCGAUGUCUCCAAUCCCCCCAUUAGCCCAGUGACGAACAAGCCUAUCUCAUCCUGGUACAAGCCUGGGCAGACUUGGGGCUCGGUGUUUGGAGCAAUGUCUUCUUCCUAUGAAGAGUGCCGCGCGGAGUGUGUCGCCAUGGCGCUCAGCUGCGACUUUAGCAUCCUGCAGCUGUUUGGUUUCGGCGACGGUAAGGAAGAUCUGGCGAACGAGGCCGGUGACGUUCUUUUUGCAGGAUACCUGCAGAUGGCUCGUGCUGGUCUCGUGGCUCUGGAGUUCUGGGAUCCCAAGACGCAGAAGUGGGGACAGGCCCAUAUGCAGGCCCGAUACAGUAUCCUACGUACCUUCCUCGAUGCUGGAGGCGAAUUUGUCAAGCUCUCAUACACUAAGGAUGACCUAUCCGAUCUGGAGAUCCACCUGGACCGUUCCAAGAUUCUGACUCAUGGUCGUCCUGCUGUGGAGAAGUACCUGCAGAAAUUGCAUGUCUACAAGAGUACUGCAGACUUUGAAGCAGGCAAGAAGCUCUAUGACGAUAUCACAUCAGUCGAUGAGUGGUGGGGUACCAAGGUGCGCGAGAUUGUUCUCAAGAACAAAAUCCCUCGCAAGGUCUUCGUGCAAGGCAACACUAUCUUGAACGGGGAUGAAGUAACCCUCAAGGAGUACGAGCCUACACUUGAAGGAAUGAUCCAGAGCUUUGUGGAGCGUAAUGUCUAA